UGAGAGGGUUGUGGAGGGUUUAGGAAAUCCCCCCAUCAUAAAGUCAGGAUGAGCAUCUAAAAGCAGCUCCAGACCUCUGAUGAAAUCAUGCAAACAAACACAAAGCACAUGAUCUGCACCAAAUCGUGUGAUGUGGUUAUGGACUCUAAGCUGAAAACACUUAGGAGCUACACACAUCUUGAACCUGAUUACACAGAGGAACAUGAAGAUCCAACAGACUACUGCAACGGUGGGUAUCACCCAGUCCAGGUGGGAGAUGUGUUUAAUAAGAGAUACAAGGUUCUGUCAAAGCUGGGUUGGGGUUAUUUCUCUACUGUAUGGCUCUGCAUUGACCUCAGGUCAGGCAGGCAUGUGGCAGUGAAGGUGUUGAAGAGCGGAGCUGGAUUCACUCAGGCUGGCCAAGAUGAACUGACUUUACUGCGAUGUGCCAGUGGUCCCACAGCCCGCAACCCUCUAAAAAACCGUAUAGUGCAGUUACUGGAUGAGUUUAAGAUAGCUGGUGUGAACGGCAUUCAUAUCUGUCUGGUGUUGGAGCUGCUGGGGCCGGACUUGCGCUGUUGGCAAGUGUGUUUUGGUAAUCCAGGCCUUUCUCUCACCUGUGUCAAACACGUCAUCACUCAGGUCCUUGAAGGUCUGGAGUAUCUUCACAGUCACUGCAAGAUCAUUCACACAGACAUCAAGCCGGAGAACAUCCUGCUGUGUGUCACGCCGCAGUCCUCAUCUCAUCCUCCGGGGGACGCGACACAAACUUACUCUUCAGCCAUUAAAACCACAAUCCUCCAGGAUCCCGAAGCACCCGGAAACUUGGAUAAUAUCAUGGUGAAGAUUGCAGACCUUGGCAGCUCGUGUUGGGUGUACAAACACUUUUGUCAAGAGAUCCAGACCAGACAGUAUCGCUCUCUGGAGGUCCUCCUGGGCUCUGAAUACGGUCCUCCGGCUGACAUCUGGAGUGUGGCCUGUCUGGCAUUUGAGCUUGUUACUGGAGAUUCCCUAUUUGAACCAAAAGCAGGGCCGAAUUUCUCCUUAGAGGAAGACCACCUGGCUCAUAUUAUUGAGCUCCUGGGUAAGAUCCCAGUGUCUGUGGCUCUGUCUGGGAAAUAUUCCUAUCAGUAUUUCAACCGUAAGGGUGACCUGCGGAGAAUAGCUGUGCUCCGUCCGUGGGGGCUGUAUGAAGUGCUGGUAGAGAAAUAUCACUUUCUCCUCAGAGAGGCAUCAGUUUUCUCUGAUUUCCUGUUACAGAUGUUGGACUUCCUGCCAGAGCGGAGGGCAACAGCAGCCCAGUGUCUCAAACAUCCCUGGCUAAAGUUGUAAACCUCUCUGCUUUUAUUACUUGAAUAGGUUUCUGUUCAUGUCUGUUCUGUGUGUGUUGAAUGAAAAGGCCAUGCUUCCAAAGUGUUUUUUUUUAUUGAAAGUCUAUAUAAGUGAAAACUGUGUCUUCAUUUACUCACCCUCUUGUUCCAAAUCUGCAUGACUUACUUUCCUCUGUUGAAAACCCACAAGAUAUUUUGAUAAACGUCUCUGUAUUAGGAA